GGGGCCGCGGCCGCCUCGCGCUCAUCGAACUGCUCAACGGCGGCGCGCUCGCCGCGAGCCUCGCGGCGCUCGCGGUGGAAGAAGAGCCGCAGCUCAAGCCGGCGGAGCACGCCGUCGCGCACUACGGCGCCGGGGCGUUGUUUGCUGAUCCACGGUUCUGAGGCGGCGUCCUUGCACGUCUUCGAGUCGCGUCGAUGGCGUCGACGGCCCGGCGACUGUCUCUUCGUUGCACGGCAGAGGGGUCUCUCGAAUGCGCCGCAGAGCCGCGACUCGUCUCGAUUCCCCUCGACGGACCGUUCGCGACCACGCCCACGCUACCGCCGCGCUGCCCCAAGCCACGACCACCGCAGGUGCGCCAAGCGCGCGUGCGCGGCACUGGCGGCGCUCGAGGCCGCCGGCGUCGAGUUCCGGCUCCGGCACGCGCGCGCGGCCCUCGAGCGGCUCGACGCGGCGGGCGCGCCGCCGGCCGCGGCUGCGCCCGAGCCGGGCGACGAAGACGACGACGACGCCGACUCCGUGGCGUCGGGCCCGUCGCGCGUCGCCGACCUCGGCGCGGGCUCGGUCCGCUUCGGUGCGCACGCGGCGGACGCGUCGUCGCCUCGCACCGUUCCCGACGUCCCCGAGGACCCCUGGCCGUCGCCCCGUCUCGACCCGGCGUCUCGUCGUUUUUCCGCGGCGGCGUUCCUGCGAUUCAAGUCGUACUCACACAGGGGCCCUCGCCGCGCUGCGCCGCGCGGGCGCGCGGUCCGCCGGCACGCUCGCGCUCGACGGUCCUUUGCGGCGUCCGCUUUUCAACUUCGAGGUGUUAUCGCGCGGCUCCUGCCCUGCCUCCGCGGCGAUACUCUGUCGAGCGCAUCCUCGCUGCAUGUAGCCCUCGGCUGCCCGGGCGCGACGGGUUCGCGGCGGGCGGAAAGGCCUAGAGACGACGCCAUCGACGCGACCGCGAAACGCAGGCGAGGGCGCGCCCUGGCGGCGCUGCGUCGUGGAGCCCCGGGGCCUCGGCCAGUGGCUGCAAGCGGCCGACGAGGCCGGCGUCGCCGUCCGCGUGCGGCUCCGCGACGGCGCGGCCGAGCACGUCGUCGUCUGGCAGUGGCAGUCGAAGUCGCGGCGGCUCGCUUGUAUUGCGCCGGCGUCUUGUCGUUUCCGCGGCGUCGUUCCUGGCCGAUCCAGCGGGCGAGCCUGUGGGCGUGCUUGAGGCGGUGCCAAUACGCCAUCGCCGCGACCCACCGCCAAGACGCCAUCGCCGCGACCCGGACCUACGCGCAGGGGCGCUCGAGGCCGGCGCCGGCGCCGUGCCGGCCGCGCCCGAGGUCUGGUCCAGUGUGGAAAUCAACCAGCGACGCCAUCGACGCGACGCCAAUUCAGCCAGCACGGAAGACGGGGAUUUCCACAAAGGUCUGGUCGGCGCCGGACCACGUCGCCGGCGCGGACCGCGACCUCGGCCCCGUCCGCGAGAGCUGGGCCGUCGUGCGCGGCGACGCCGACGUCGCGCUCGUCUGCCGCCUCGCGCCGCAGCGGCGGCCGCUCGUCCGCGCGCGGUCCGCGCGGUUCCGGGUGGCGGCCCUCGACGCGACGCGCUUCCACGCGCGGGGCCUCGCGGCGGCGGCGGCGUCGGCGUCGGACGCGGGCUGGCGCGUCGUCGACGGCGGGCGCGACGACGCGGCGUCGCACGCGGCGGCGAAGCAGCUGGCGAACGCGUCGGCGUUUCUGGACGUGGAGCGGGCGGUGGAACGGGUGUUUGGUUCUUCUUCUGCUUCUGCUGCUUCUGCUGAGGAGGGGCCUGGGUGGUUCGUGUUUUGACUUUGUUAGUGGCACUUGUGGACCAUAA